GUUCACCAGCUUCAGCUGCCAGAAACACCAACCUUAGUCCUUCUUCUGCUUCUUCAGCACGCGCAUAUCGCUCCCUCAGUCCGAAUCAAUUGCGCUCUUUGCUAUCCGGAGGGCACUUUUGUGACCUCUCUUCCGGGCGCAGUCAGUAUCCCUCUGGUAGCCCUGUCAAACUUAUAUCUCUCACUUUCCCUUCACUGCCCGCCCUAUCGCCACGAGUAUGUUCUCUUUCAACUCCAACGCCACCAGCGGCGAUUCCAAGGGAGGUCUGUUUGGGUCUGCCGGAGGCGCAAACCCUAGUGCUCCCAGUGGUGGUGGACUCUUUGGCAAUGUAGGAGCUACUACGACAAGCGGCUCAUCCACGCCUCUGUUCGGCAAUGCUGGAGCUGCCGCUGCCAACAGCAACGCCUCUCCGUUCAGUUUUGGUGCUGCCAACAAGCCAGCAACCACGGGCCAGUCAACGCCGUUGUUCGGUUCGAAUGCUUCUUCCACUCCCAACAAAACGACUGAAACUCCUAGCUCGGGACAGACUGCCACAAGUGGUCUCUUCGGCAACAACAAUGCCUCCAAGCCCCUCUUUGGCAAUACUACGGCUACUCCGGCGCAGCAGGGAGGAGGCCUUUUUGGGAAUGCUUCGUCUACUACGCCUGCUGGGCCACCUCCGGCCACCACUGGCCAGACCCCUUCUCUCUUCGGAGGAGCUCAACCGGCGCAGAAACCCGCCAAUUCUCUUUUUGGGAAUUUGAAUCAAGCCCCCGCCGCCUCCACGACCCCGGCUGCUACCACCGCUACUAAUUCUGCGGCGACGACGGCGACUGCCGCUCCUUCGUUGUUUGGCAAUGCCAACGCUACACAACCGCAAACGACUGGCGGCGGUCUUUUCGGGUCAAACCCGGCGCAAAAGCCAUUGUUCAACGCAGCCCCGUCGGCAACCACGGGUGGUGGUCUUUUUGGGAACGCGAACAAAGACAAGCCCGCUGAGCCCACAACUACCACCCCCGCGACUAAUACCGCUGACAAUGCCCCCAAGUCUCUCUUCGGCAAUGCCGCUCCGGCUGGAGGUGCUGCCCCUGCUUUCAAGCCACUGGGCGGUGCUGAUGCGACAAAGCCCGCCUUCCCCUCGCUGGGUGCCCCCACUACCAGUACUACAUCCUCCACCACACCCGCUGCUUCCUCUUCUACUCCUCAAAAAUCCCUAUUCCCUACACUCGGCGGAGCUACCUCAUCAGCCACUCCGUCUACUACUCCCGCUACAUCUGGCGGCGGCUUGUUCAACCUCGGCGGAGCUGCCGCGACGAGCACGACGACAACGACCCCAAGCACUACAGCUACUGCUGCCCCCACAACCACUCAAUCCGCCACCCCUGCUACCGGUGGGUUGUUCGGCAAGCCUGCUGCGACCCAGCCAUCCACUCAACCCGCUACCGCAUCUGCGACAACCACAAGCGACAAACCCGCGCCUUCAGCGACAAUGCCUGCAGCAGGGGCCACCGGCCUUGGCGCUUCCACCGCUGGUCCCACCCCUCCUGCUCAGUCCCGCCUAAAGAACAAGACUAUGGACGAGAUCAUCACUCGUUGGGCUACCGAUCUUACCAAGUACCAGAAGGACUUCCGCGAACAAGCGGAGAAAGUUGCCGAAUGGGACCGCAUGCUCGUUGAGAACGGUACUAAGGUCCAGAAGCUCUACGGUAGCACCGUGGAUGCCGAACGAGCCACGCAGGAGGUGGAGCGACAGCUCGCGUCUGUUGAGGGACAGCAGGACGAGUUGAGCUCGUGGCUCGACCGCUACGAGCGUGAAGUUGACGAGAUGAUGAGCAAGCAGGUCGGUCCCCACGAGCCUCUUCAGGGACCAGACCAAGAGCGUGAGCGAACCUACAAGACUGCUGAGAGACUAUCCGAGCGCCUUGACGAAAUGGGCAAGGACCUCACCAGCAUGAUUGAGGAGGUCAACAGCGCCUCUGCUACUCUGAGCAAGACGAGCAAGGCUGAUGAACCGAUCUCCCAAAUCGUUCGCAUCCUCAACUCCCACCUCGCACAGCUUCAAACCAUUGAUCAGGGCACCACCGAGCUCCAACAGAAGGUCAACGAGGCGCAGCGGGCGGGUCAGACACUGUCUUCGCGGUUCGGGUAUGGAGGAUUGGGCAAUUCGUCGUUGGGCGGCGGUAGUAGCGCCGUAGAUGAUUUCUAUCGGUCUUACAUGGGACGGCGCUGAACAUCUUGCAGUGGAGUUUUUGUUUUACAUACUGGUGGGGGCUUCUUCCCUUUUGCGCUAGGUUUUUCAUUCAUACUCUACUGUUUUUUGUAUCCAUUGAGAAUUUGCUUUUGUCGGAGCACUUGUUGUCACUUGUUUUUUUGCACAUGCGACUGUGAUUAUGUCGGAUUUGUGAUGGGAUGGGAUUGUUAAUGAAGAAUAACAGAGUAACUUAUUA